CCGCUCCUGUCACCAGAGGCCAGAUGACCCGACGGGGCGACGAGUCCAGCGCGGCGUGGACUGCUGCCCGCCAUAGUUAGCGCGGCGUUUAUUGCAAACAAUUGCAUUAAAGUCCAGCCUGUUUAUCGGCUGAAACUUGUGUUUUUGUUUUCCCGCUGCUGUUGGAAAAAUAAGGGGAAAAAAACGCGACAAUGGAUCGAGUGAAGAGCUCCAUGCAGCAAGUACCCAACGCGAUCCCCAAAGUGAUCCGACGGACCACCGGAGGGGCCAACAGCUGGAGCUGGAGAAAGGAGACCUUCGAGCGAGGGCAGGCUGUCAGCAUCAACAAGGCCAUCAACACACAGGAGGUGGCCGUCAAAGAGAAGCAUGCCAGGACCUGCAUCCUGGGCACCCAUCACGAGAAAGGUGGCCACACUUUCUGGGCGGCGAUCAACCGGCUUCCUCUCUCCAGCAACGCGGUGCUCUGCUGGAAGUUCUGCCACGUCUUCCACAAGCUGCUGCGAGACGGACAUCCAAACGUGAUAAAGGACUCCAUGAGGAACAAGGCGGACUUAACGGAUAUGAGCAGGAUGUGGGGUCACCUGAGUGAAGGCUACGGGAAGCUGUGCAGCAUCUACCUCAAACUGCUCAUCACCAAAAUGGAGUUCCACAUCAAAAACCCUCGUUUCCCUGGCAACCUGCAGAUGUCGAACAGACAGCUGGACGAGGCGGGAGAGAACGACGUUAACAACUUCUUCCAGCUCACCGUGGAGAUGUUUGACUACCUGGAGUGUGAGCUCAACCUCUUCCUGGGGGUAUUCAGCUCCCUGGACAUGUCCCGGUCGGUGUCGGUGACGGCGGCGGGCCAGUGUCGCCUCGCCCCGCUCAUCCAAGUCAUCCUGGACAGCAGCCACCUGUACGACUACACCGUCAAGCUGCUGUUUAAGCUGCACUCCUGCCUUCCAGCGGACACUCUCCAGGGCCACAGAGACCGCUUCCAGGAACAGUUUAAGAAGUUAAAGGGUCUGUUCUAUCGCUCCAGUAACUUGCAGUAUUUCAAGAGGCUGAUUCAGAUCCCACAGUUGCCUGAGAACCCUCCCAACUUCCUGCGUGCGUCGGCUCUGUCUGAGCACAUCAGCCCCGUGGUCGUGAUCCCGGCAGAGUCGUCGUCCCCGGAGUCGGAGCACGUGGUGGAGACGGACGACCUGGUGGACACAGACGUCCCCGUGCUGCCGGUUCCUUUGGAGACCAAGUUCGACGACCUGUUCGGCACCUCGGCUGCUAUCGACCCGUUCAACUUCAACGGUCAGAACGGCUUGAGGAAGGACGACAAAGAUCGCCUGAUUGAGCAGCUGACCAGGGAGAUCCAGGCCCUCAAAGACGAGCUGGAGUCUUUCCGGCUGGAGAGCGGCCGCUUGUGUCAGGCUCUGAGGGGACGCGUCAACGAGCUGGAGGCGGAGCUCGCCGAGCAGAGCCACCUGAGGCUGCAGGCCGCGGGAGAGAGCGAGUUUCUGAAGGCGGAGCUGGACGACCUGCGGAGGGUCCGAGAGGACACGGAGAAGGAGCAGCGCAGCCUGACGGAGAUAGAGAAAAAGGCUCAAGCCAAUGAGCAGCGCUACAGCAAACUGAAGGAGAAGUACUCUGAGCUGGUUCAGAGUCACGCCGACCUGCUGAGGAAGAACGCGGAGGUCACCCGGCAGAUGACGGUGGCUCGGGCAGCACAGGACGAAGUGGACGCGGUGCGGCGGGAGAUGCAGGAGAAGGUGAAGGCCGCUCAGGAGGUCGCAGGCAGACAGGAGAGGGAGCAGCUGGAGCAGCUGCAGGAGCUGCAGAGAGAGCUGGUGUCCAGCAGGACAGAGCUGGACUCUCUGAAGACCACCGCGGCCUCGUCACAACAGGCUUCGAGCGAGGUGCUCGGCACCCAGCUGCUCGCCCUGCAGUCCGAGAAGGCGGAGCUCGUGCAGUGCGUGUCGAAGGUGGAGGCGGAGCUGGCUGUCCGUGGGGAGGAGCUACAGCGAGUCCAGAGCUCUUUGGCGACUGAGAGGGAGAGCGGAGUGAAGACGGCCGAAGCCCUGCAGAAUCAGCUCAAUGAGAAGGAGAGCAGGGAGCAGGCCUUGGAGAGCCAGCUGGUUUCGGCUCGCUGGUCCAGCCUGCAGGGAGCGGUGGAGGAGGCGGAGAAGAUCAUACAGGAUUCGCUGGCUCAGAUAGACGACCCGGCGCACAUCAGCUGCACCAGCUCCGCAGACUACCUAGCAUCCAGAUGUCAGGCGGCUUUAGACUGUAUGGGCCGACUCCAUUCCGCCACAGAGGCCUUCCUUGCCGACGACACAGGUGUAUCUGCGCUGGUACGAGUGGUGACCCAGUGUGGCCACCUGGUGGGGGACACCAUCGUUCAGGGUAGUGCCACCUCCCACAUGGUGCCCGUGGAGCAAGCUGACGCGCUGUCGGACAGCGUGAAGGCGUGCGGGACUGAAGCUCUGGCGCUGCUGGGCCAGAUGAAGCAGCAGAGCAGCAUGUACGCGGCGGACAGCGGCAAGCUGAGGGCGGCUCUGGAGGCCAUCCUGGCCACCGCAGAGAAGCUGCGUCCUCGGGGUUUGGAGCUGCAGCAGGGGGAGCUGGGAGAUCUGGUGGAGCAGGAAAUGGCGUCCACUUCGGCUGCGGUGGAGUCGGCCGCUGCCAGGAUAGAGGAAAUGCUCAACAAUUCUCGAGCAGUUGAUACAGGAGUCAAGAUGGAGGUCAAUGAGAGGAUUCUGGCCGCCUGCACAGAGCUGAUGCAGGCGAUCAAGCAGCUGGUUCUGUCUUCCAAAAAUCUGCAGAAGGACAUCGUGGAGGGUGGCAGGGGGGCGGCCUCCACCAAGGAGUUUUACGCCAAGAACUCCCGCUGGACCGAGGGCCUGAUCUCUGCCUCCAAAGCAGUGGGAUGGGGCGCCACGGUCAUGGUGGAUGCUGCCGAUCUGGUGGUGCAGGGCAAAGGGAAGUUUGAGGAGUUGAUGGUGUGUUCACACGAAAUAGCUGCCAGCACGGCGCAGCUAGUGGCGGCCUCUAAGGUGAAAGCAGACAAGGACAGCGCCAACCUGCAGAGCCUGCAGAAGGCGUCCCGCGGCGUCACGCAGGCCACCGCGGCCGUCGUGGCCUCCACCAAGUCAGGGAAGUCCCAGAUUGAAGAAAAGGACACGAUGGACUUCUCCAGCAUGACUCUCACUCAGAUCAAGCGACAGGAGAUGGACGCGCAGGUCCUGGUUCUGGAGCUGGAGACCCGCCUGCAGAAGGAACGCGAGCGACUCGGCGAGCUGAGGAAGAAACAUUACGAGCUGGCCGGAGUAGCGGAGGGCUGGGGCGAUCAAGUAGAAGGGUGAGACCCGUCAUCGCUGACCCCCCCCCCGGCUCCGCCAGAAGACCGGCUCAUAUUUAUACAGUUUCACCCUCUUUCUUCCCUGUUAUAUUCUCUUUUCCUUUUGUUAUCGGAGCCAAAUUAAAAGGUGCUUCUUCUCUAAACCUGCUUCGCCAACAACGUCCAAGGGUUCAGCGACGGGAGGAGGAACCAACACAUGGAAGGAGUGAGGGGGGCGGACUUCAUGGUGUCACACCCCUCCACGCCAUGCCUCUCUGUCAGGUGCAUGUUGGAAACAGUCUUUUUUUUCCGCCCGUGUUUUUUUUGAUAACGGCGGUCCGUCGAGGAGUCACAAUGGAAACGCAAAAAAGCACAAGCUCUACUCAAGACCUCCCAGAAUGCACUGCACAAGGACCAACCCCCCCCCCACUCCCGCCUCAGCAGUAUUAAACCGGACUGUGCUUGCCCCCCUCCCUCCGUUCCCAAAAACCAUGCCUGUGUGAGCUUGUAAAAGUUUAAUCUUCCUCCCUAGUUGCUUCCUAUUUUUCCUCACUGUGAGUUAUCACCGCUUCACUGGACCUUCUGCCUUUCACCUCUCUACCAUUAACGGCCGUGACUGUUGACUCGAGCUGACCCCUUUUUUUUAAUUUCCUCUCAAUCUUUCCUUUAACGGACGCUUGCAUGGAAACUGUUGAAUCUGCUCCAAAAGCUGGAGUACUUUCAGAAAAGCAAAGUUGCGCCGUUUUUUUUUUUUUUUCUCUCUCUCUCAACAGUCUGUGAGCUUUGCGACUGCCAACUACCUGAUGAAUGCUGCAUGGUCAGAGGCAGCGGUGCAUCGUGGGUAGGACGGAUGAAAGAGACGGUUGUUGCUUGAACUCUUAAAGACAUGAGGUCACUUCUUUCGUUUCCCUUUUCAUAGCGAUCAAAAGGGAAAUAUUCCUUUUUUUUAUAUAUACAAAAAAUAAGCAGCGGUUGCUAAACCGCGGUUGGACACCCUCAUCGAUGGACACAAGCGUCGGUCGCUUCUGUCACCGAAGGCUGGGAUCCGGUCUCACGUCAAACUGCCCUCGGUGUCGUCUGAUGAUGGACGGAGACUAGUUGAUGGAGACGUCGUGACUCUGCGGCCAGGUUGAUUUUCAGAAGGAAGGACCAGAAAAUCCGCAGUAGCAGCAAACGCAAAGCCUAAAAAGUUUGAAUGUCGGGAUCUUUAUAAAGACGCACGGAGGUUUUAUUCAUGAGAUGUUGUUUUCCGGUGUGUCACAUGAUCCUGCCUCUUCAGAUGCCCUGCAGGACAAUAGCUUCCUGUAUAACCGUGUAUAUAAACUACAAGCCUUCUUUUGUUGGAAAUGGUAGCUUUCGUUUAAUCUAAAAGCAUUCUAUAGCGUUCCUUUUUUUUUUUUGCAUCUCAAGUGAGGAUUCGGUUUAAUUGAAUGAGGAUGGACGGUGCACUCGGGAGCCCCCAGGAGAGGGAGGGAGGACUGACUUUAUACUUGUUGUUGACGCUGUGAGGAGACAUCCGUUCGAUGACGACCAUGAUGGCUCCCUUGGAGUUUCUCUCCCUUUCUCCGUCUUGACGUACUUUGUUUUGGCGCUCUGCUUCAGCUGUGUAUGUUUCAAAAACGAAAAGUUGCGACACUGGUUUAUUUAACAGAUGCUGGUCAAAUGGUGUUGAUUCUUAAAAACUAGUUUUAAACUGCUUGCAGGAGCAAAUGGGUGCGUCUAAAAAAAAUUUUUAAUAAGGGUUUUAUUAGACAGACUUUGAAAUAUUUUUUGUAAUUAACGCCACCCAUCUGUGCCCCAAGCAGCUUAAAGAAACAGCAAGUAUUAAUAGUAUUAUUGUUGGGUUCAGGUGUAUCUGUAUUUAAUAAUGAUUUAACCUGUUUGUCCCUUUUUUCACACCCGGGGAGCUGAUUUCAUGAGAAAAUGGAAUGUAAAACGAAAACAACAAAAAAGACACAUUUUAUAUUCCUAUUUGAAAAUGUCUAGAAAGAUGAAUUGAAUGCACCUUGAGGGUUGUCAGGUUAUAUGUUUGCCCAAAUAUUCUCAAUGAAUCUCUCUGUAUCUCUCUGUCUCUCUCUGUCUCUCUCUGUCCCUCUGUCCCUCUCUGUCUCUCUCUGUCUCUCGUCAGCUCAGCCAGCCUUUCAAACUGCCUCACACUGUAGUCAAAGAGAAACAAAUACUCACAUAGCAACAUUGAAAUAUGUCUUUGUACGAUAUACUAAAAACUAUGUUGGUGGGUUUGUUUUUAUUUUUUCAGUUUUAAAAAAUAAAUAUUUCAACUCAAUAAUACAAA